UUAUUUAGUCAUUUAGCUAUUUCACAAAUUUCAUAAAUUUUGCAAUCAAACAAAUACGAUGGCUUUGCGUUUAUUAAGAGCGCCAUGGAACAUACGGGCGAUUACACAGCGAUUACAAUCCUCACAAGCAGCGAAUCAAGCCAUUUUACUGAAUGUGCCACCGACAGAGAUCUCCGCCAUUAAAAAUGGUUUGAGAGUGGCGACAGAAAACAGUGGCGGUUCAACGGCAACCAUUGGGCUUUGGAUUGAUGCCGGAUCUCGAUAUGAAGAGCCACGCAACAAUGGUGUUGCCCAUUUUUUGGAGCACAUGGCAUUCAAAGGCACCGCACGACGUUCACAAACCGAUCUCGAAUUGGAAAUUGAAAAUCUCGGCGCGCAUUUGAAUGCGUACACGUCUCGCGAACAAACGGUCUACUAUGCAAAGUGUUUGUCAAAGGAUAUUCCACGUUUGGUCGACAUCCUCUCAGACAUUAUUCAAAAUUCCAAACUAAGCGAAUCGGAUAUUGAGCGUGAGCGUGGCGUUAUUUUGCGCGAAAUGCAAGAGGUGGAAAGUAAUUUACAAGAAGUUGUAUUUGAUCAUUUGCAUGCGACCGCAUAUCAAGAGACGCCAUUGGGACAAACGAUCCUUGGACCAACGGAAAAUAUUAAAUCGAUUGGCAAAAGUGAUUUGCGCACCUACAUUGAUACACACUACAAAUCAUCACGUAUUGUGCUGGCUGGAGCCGGUGGAAUCACUCACGAUGAUUUGGUUGGAAUGGCUGACAAAUAUCUUGGGCGAUUGUGUAACGGAGAUAUGCCGAAUUUAUCACCAUGCCAUUUUACCGGUUCCGAGAUUCGUGUGCGAGACGAUUCUUUGCCGUUGGCACAUUUUGCCAUUGCCGUUGAAGGUUCGGGUUGGACAAAUCAGGAUCAUGUUCCUCUAAUGGUAGCAAACACUCUGAUCGGAUCAUGGGAUCGAUCACAAGGUGGAGGUGUGAACAAUUCAUCAAACUUGGCCAGUUUAUGCGCUGAACAUGGCCUUUGCCACAGUUACCAAUCGUUCAACACUUGCUACAAAGACACAGGACUGUGGGGGAUCUAUGUGGUUUGUGAACCAUCAACUUGUGGAGAUAUCGUAUUCAAUGCAUUGAACGAGCUGAUGCGACUAUGUAGUAACGUUUCAGAAGCCGAAGUGGAUCGUGCUAAGAAUUUACUCAAAACAAAUAUGUUGCUUCAACUUGAUGGCACCACUCCGAUUUGUGAGGACAUCGGACGACAGAUUCUUUGCUAUGGCCGACGCAUUCCAUUGCACGAACUUGAAGCCAGAAUUAACAAUGUAACAGCGAAAAAUGUUCGAGAUGUGUGCACCAAAUAUUUUGUAAAUCGUAGUCCGGCUGUUGCUGCUGUUGGUCCGAUCGAAGGUCUUCCACAAUACGAGGAGAUUCGCCGCAAAAUGUGUGCUUAAGUUUAUUUGUUGUGAUGUUUGUAAAUAUAACCAUUGAAAUAUUAAAUCUAAAGUUUUAAAUAUUACCAAAAAUGGUCAUCGAAUUUGUCGUUUAAAACUCAUGAACUUGUUGUUCAUAGUACUCGUUAGCUCAAUUGGAAAUGGUGUGAAUAAUUAUUCACGCUUCGAAAUUAACAGCGAUUUGAUUAGAAAAAUCGAACGUCAAGUUCGGUUUUUUGUCGAUUUAUAUAAGGGCAAAUCUUCUACAUGUUGGAAACUGAUUGGAUGCUAGAUUAAAAAAAAUAGUAGAAUUGCGUACAUUCAAAUGGAAUAUUUCACCCAAAAAUGGCAUGUUUACUUUUUGUAUUUAAAUAAAAGGUGUAAAUACUUUUGGAAGCACUUUAUUUCCAAUAAAAUAUUCGAUAUUGAUGAUGGACCAAAGAAUGUAGAA